GAGGGUGUCAUUUUUGACGAGCCCGAGAACGGACCGAGAGGAAAGCAAAGGAGUGUGCGGAGCAAACGACUUGCUCCUUCCUCCUCCGCUUACUGGUCUUCGUCGUCGUUGUCGUCGUCUCUCCGCGUCUCCGUAAGGGAAAGGGUUGAAGGUGGUGGUCGCGCCUCCUGUUCCCUCCCCGAUCUCCGCCUUGCUGCCCCGCGAUUCUGACUUCGGCUUCGGUUCCCUUUCUCUUCUCCCCUCUCGAUCGAGGUUAUUGGAUUUGCAUUGAAGCUCGAAUUUAGAGGGUCUGCGUGAAAAUUGAGUCUUCGUGCAUCGGAGAGAGUUUUUUGGAUUAGAGAUGUUGGAAGGCCCCAAAUUUCCCGGCAUCUUGGGCAGCGGUGGGGGGAUCGAUAUUGGGAGCAGUUUCUAUGAUACCGCGUACUACCGGAAGCUUGGGGAGGGCUCCAACAUGUCGAUUGACAGCAUCAACAGUAUGCAGACUAGCGUCAAUGGCGGGUCCAUGGCCAUGUCGAGGGACGCCAGUAGUGUCGGGUCGAGUGACUCGCGUACUGGCAUCCUCAGCCACCCCGGGCUCCGCCAGGUUCCCACCCCGAAUUACUCCGUAAACCACAGCGUCAUACGACCAGGCAGGGUCAAUCCGGGCCUGACGGAUGAUGCAUUGGUACAGGCCCUGAUGGAUACACAACACCCGACAGAGACCCUACAGGGUUACGAGGAGUGGACUAUCGAUCUUUAUAAGCUCAACAUGGGAAUGCCCUUUGCUCAGGGGGCUUUUGGGAAGCUCUACAAGGGCACCUACAAUGGAGAAGAUGUCGCUAUUAAGCUGCUCGAGAGGCCGGAGAAUGACCCAGAGAGAGCACAGUUGAUGGAGCAGCAGUUUGUGCAAGAGGUCAUGAUGUUGGCUACUCUGAAGCACCCAAAUAUAGUGAGAUUGGUUGGGGCAUGUAGGAAGCCUGUUGUGUGGUGCAUUGUUACCGAGUAUGCCAAGGGAGGGUCCGUGAGGCAGUUCUUGAUGAAGAGGCAAAACAGGUCGGUUCCACUUAGGCUGGCAGUACGGCAGGCUCUUGACGUUGCAAGGGGGAUGGCCUAUGUGCAUGGGCUAGGAUUUAUACACAGGGAUCUCAAGUCAGACAACCUUCUGAUAUUCACGGACAAAUCCAUAAAGAUUGCUGAUUUUGGAGUGGCUCGUAUUGAAGUGAAAACUGAAGGGAUGACACCAGAGACUGGAACGUACCGCUGGAUGGCUCCAGAGAUGAUACAGCAUAGACCUUACGAUCAGAAAGUUGAUGUUUAUAGCUUUGGCAUUGUGUUGUGGGAGCUUAUAACUGGAAUGCUUCCCUUUCAGAACAUGACGGCCGUGCAGGCAGCAUUUGCUGUCGUGAACAAGAGUGUUCGCCCAGUCAUACCGCAUGAUUGUCUUCCAGCACUCGGCGAGAUCAUGACCCGCUGUUGGGAUGCAAACCCUGAUGCACGUCCUCCCUUCACCGAGGUCGUCAGUAUGCUGAAGACUGCAGAGAUAGAGAUAGUAGGUGCUGUCCGCAAAGCACGUUUUCGAUGUUGCAUGUCCGAACCAAUGACCACCGACUGAAAUAGGGAGCAAGAUGAUGAAAAUUACAAAGUAAAGAAAAGAGGGAGAGAAAAGGAAAAGGCAGCCAGUGUAUUCAUCAUAUUACUGGACUGGUUGAAGUAGAAGAAAUGGUGCGUGUGUGUGUGUGUGUGUUGUUAUUUGCCUUACUGCUUAGAUAAAUCUGGUUUCUUGUUGGCAGCCCUGCUUAAGUUUGGUAGCUGGAAGAACAACUUCUUCUCGUCUUCAUUUUGUAAUGCCUUUUGUGAUGCUCAUCUGUCGGUAGCUGCUGACUUUUUUCUUUGUUUUGUUCUUCCACCAAUGAGUUGUUGAAAUUUUCCUUUAUAUUAAAUCUUUGCCUUGCUGGGUUGAAGGGAAGGCAACAAA